GCGCGAGGCCGGCGCAUGGCGGACGCGGCGCUGUUCGAGUUUCUGCACACCGAGAUGGUGGCGGAGCUGUGGGCGCACCACUCCGACCCUGGGCCUGGGGGACAGAAGAUGAGCCUGUCUGUGCUGGAGGGCAUGGGCUUCCGUGUGGGCCAGGCCCUGGGCGAGAGCCCUCCUGGCCCCACAGCAUCAGCCUGGCCCAAGCGCCUGUCACUGCCACCACCCCCGCCCCCCAGGCUGCCCCAGGAGACGCUGGCCUUCAGAGAGGAGCUGGACGUCCUCAAGUUCCUCUGCAAAGACUUGUGGGUUGCCGUGUUCCAGAAGCAGAUGGACAGCCUCCGCACCAAUCACCAGGGGACCUACGUCCUGCAGGACAACAGCUUCCCCCUCCUCAUCCGGAUGGCUGCGGGUCUGCAGUAUCUAGAGGAAGCCCCCAAGUUCCUGGCCUUCACCUGCGGCCUCCUGCGAGGUGCCCUCAGCACCCUGGGCAUCAAGAGCCUGGUCACCGCCUCCGUGGCAUCCUUGCCCACCUGUAAGUUCCAGGUGGUGAUUCAGAAAACCUGAGGAGCCCCAGGCCCCCACCCCCGGCUGAGCCUCACAGCCACCGCUGGCCCAGGAACCUUGGAGCGCUGCCAGAGGGCUGGUAGUGGGUGGCCAGAGGGCUGGUAGUGGGUGAUAAACAAGCAGGGGAGGGGGGCGAGGGUCCAACCACUCCAGGGCAUCACGUGUUCAACAAGUGGGUGUCACAGGGAGGUGGGGGUGUCCUGGGAAUGAGGUGGCCCAAGUUGGGGCCAGUGUGAAGGGAUCCCCGCAUCAGACUCCUCACCUUGCGUGGCAGAUGCCCAAUAAAGGUUCUGUAUGUGGA